AAAAUGGGGACUAAGCCAAGCGUGCAGUGCGGAAGCAUUUAAAAGUCUCCCUUCUCUCUCUUAUCAUCUAGGUUCAACUUACAGCCCCUUGUCUCUCCUCUAUAGAAAUCUAGGGUUCCGACGACGAUGCAGCCAUCAAACUCUAUGAUUCCAUCACCGAUGGCUCCGCCUCCUCAGUACAGGCCCCAGCAGUGGAUGCCACAGCAGCCGCAACAAACGCAGUACCAGGUACCGCCACCACAACAGCCGGCGGCGACGGCGGGGUACUACUACCAGCAACCACCACAGGCUGCGCCGACACAACAGCCACAGCCUCAGCCUCAGCCUCAGCCUCAGCAGUACGGAGUCUCGCCUGCGGCUCAGGCUCCAGCCGAUGACGGUACCCGGAGCCUCUGGAUUGGAGAUCUGCAGUACUGGAUGGACGAGCAGUACAUAUACAGUUGUUUUGCUUUGACUGGCGAGGUGGUCUCUGCUAAAGUCAUCCGCAACAAGCAAACUGGCCAAUCAGAAGGUUAUGGCUUUAUCGAGUUUGUUAGUCAUGCUGCUGCAGAGAGGAAUCUGAUGACAUACAAUGGCACUCAGAUGCCAAAUUCUGAGAAAACAUUCAGGUUGAACUGGGCAUCUAUGGGAGCGGGUGAAAAGCAUGAUGAUACUCCUGAAUACACAAUUUUUGUUGGAGACUUGGCAGCUGAUGUAACUGAUUACAUGCUUCAAGAAACUUUUAGGGCCAGUUACUCCUCAGUCAAGGGUGCAAAGGUUGUUACGGAUAAGAUAACUGGACGCACAAAGGGCUAUGGAUUUGUGAGGUUUGGUGAUGAAAGUGAGCAACUACAUGCCAUGACCGAGAUGAAUGGAAGGUAUUGUUCGACCAGGCCCAUGCGAGUUGGCCCAGCUGCUAACAAACAAAAAGUGGGUGGUCAGACUAAAGGUUCAUACCAAACUUUUCAAGGAACUCAGGGUGAGGAUGACCUCACUAACACAACUAUAUUUGUUGGUAAUUUGGACUCUAAUAUCACGGAUGAGCAUCUAAGGCAGGUUUUUGGUCAAUUUGGACAGCUACUUCAUGUAAAAAUACCAGUAGGCAAACGAUGUGGAUUCGUUCAAUUUGUUGACAGAAGCUGUGCUGAGGAAGCUCUACGAAUGUUAAAUGGAACCCAGUUGGGAGGACAAAGCAUUAGACUCUCAUGGGGACGUAGUCCUUCAAACAAACAAGUUGAUCAAAACCAGUCCAAUGGUGGAUAUUAUGGAUAUGCACCUGGAUAUGAAACUUAUGGAUACGCACCAGGAGCUCAGGAUCCAAACUUGUACUAUGCAGGCUACCAAGGAUAUGGAAACUACCAGCCGCCCCCUCAACAACCACCUCAGUAAUCUGCUGGCAUCAAAUGUCAAUAUGCUGCUGGUGAAUGUUGUAGCAAAGAAUAGAGGAGUGGUCAGUUUUUCCGCUGCAGUAUUAUCUGUUUCUUGAUCUUCGAAACUAUUUAUUGGCCUGAUAGUUGUUUUCUAUUCUACUUCCAUUGAACUAAAAUUUGGCUUGGUUAGGCUCUUUGUUGUUAAAAACACACUUUUCACUUGCUCUUUUGUCGACAUGUUCAUCUAUGCAUUAUAAAAUUUGGAUCUAUUGUGGUUUGCUUUUUGCUC